UAGGUUAAUUUAUAUUUGUGUAAAAAUAUAUAGCUUUCACCUGCAAAGUUUAUGAAUUGUGUGAAUAAAAAUAUUCUGCGCAAAUCAGUGCUAUCAAUUUUUGUCUAAAGAUAAAAACAACUGGGUCAUUUUUUAUCACUUCUUUUAAAAUUACAAUAAUAAGAGUAAAUAUUUAAAUAAUAAAAAAAAUAAAUAUUCAAAUAAAAAUGAUUACUGCGACGAAUUUAAAAAUUUUGACUAAAAUCUCUGUAAAUGUAACUCGAGAAAUUCAUCACAGUUGCAAAGUUCUAGUAAUUGGAGGUGGGACCGGAGGCUGCAGUAUGGCAGCAAAGCUUUCAAAUAAAUUUGACACUUCCCCAAAUCAUGUGAUAGUUUUAGAACCAAGUGAGGUACACUAUUAUCAGCCCAUGUUCACAUUAAUUGGCGGGGGAUUAAAAAAAUUUGAAUCGUCAAAGAAGCCGAUGGCUGCUGUGCUACCGAAAAAGGCCCAAUGGAUCAAGGACAGCGCGAUGUCUUUUCAACCGGAGUCAAAUAAAGUUGUCACCAGUAAUGGCGAUACAAUUGAAUAUCAGCUGAUGAUUGUCGCUAUGGGUCUACAAUUAUAUUGGGACAAAAUUCCAGGACUGAUAGACGGCCUGAAGAAUCCCGACUCUCAAGUCUGCUCAAUUUACGCUCCCGAAACGGUGACGGAAGUAUUUAAAAAAAUAGAGAGAACUUCUAAAGGUUCCGCGGUUUUUACUUUUCCAAACACUCCGGUAAAAUGUCCCGGAGCGCCACAGAAAAUUGUGUAUUUGGCGGAAGAUUAUUGGAGCAAAAAAAAUAAACGGAAUGAUAUAGAGGUAAUUUAUAAUACAUCACUCCCAGUAAUAUUUGGAGUUAAAAAAUACGCCGAUGCCCUCUGGGAAGUUUGCAAAACUCGUAAUAUCGAAGUAAAUACGCAGACAUGUUUGACUGAGGUUAAAGGAGACGAUAAAGAAGCUAUUUUUGUUGAUUUGAAAAAUCCAGAUAACAAAUUUACGCAGAAAUAUUCAUUUUUGCAUGUGACUCCACCGAUGGGUCCGCCGGAUAUUUUAAGAGAACACACUUCGCUGACAAAUGAAGCCGGGUUUCUGAGCGUUGAUCCAAAAACUCUACAGCACACGAAAUAUAAAAAUAUUUACGGUCUAGGGGAUUGUACGUCGACUCCAAAUUCUAAAACAAUGGCAGCAAUUGCUUCACAGUCAAAAGUCUUAUAUGACAAUAUAAUGAACGACCUGGCGGGUAAAAAAUCAAAAUCUGAGUACAAUGGAUACGCAUCAUGUCCGCUGGUUACCGCACCCGGAAAAUGUAUUCUAGCUGAAUUUGACUACAACCUACAGCCGCGGGAAACCUUCCCCGUGGAUCAGAAAAACGAGUAUUGGGCCAUGUUUAUUAUGAAGAAAGAUUUUUUUCCUUUUCUCUAUUGGAAUUUUAUGCUCAAGGGACGGUGGAAUGGUCCAGAGCUCAUCAGAAAAUGCCUAUCGAUAUUUAAAUUUAACAAAUAAGGUUUCAAAAUAUGAAUAAGUGUAGGAUAUACUGUUAUUUGUACAUAAUUUAAUAUAUUUAUUUAUAUGGAAAAAA